CAUUAUUGCGCCGAAGCAUAUUUUCAAAAACUGUUUACAGUUCAAGUUGAUUUGACCUUCAUCUCAGAAGUAUUUGGGUUUGUGGUCCUACAACUUCGUCCUAGUGUCAAACAAAAAAAAGUAGUCACCAUGGGUAUUAGUUUAAAAGUUCUAAGUGCUUUGUUUUUGCUUGCGCUACUAACAAGUGAAUUUGUGGAUUGUGAAGUCUUUGAAGAUGACGAACCUGCUGAAGAGAGAUCUAAGAUGCUUCAAAAAAGAGGAUCCGUUGACUUUGGAGUGAUGAUUUGGAAAGUGACUCGCAGAAACCCUCUCGAUUAUAAUGGGUAUGGUUGUUAUUGUGGCUUUGGAGGAAAAGGACGACCCCUUGAUGCCAUUGACAGGUGUUGCAAAGCACAUGACAAGUGCUGGGAUCGACUCACACGCAAAAAGAUUUGCACCAGGAAAAUGACGGUUGGCCUGCCUUAUAAUUUUAAAAGAGGGAGAUGCGUUGACAUAAAGUCCAUCUUCACUGGGCGUAUGCGGUGUAAAGGUCGCGGAUGGUGGCGAUCGUGUUCUCCAAUAUAUAAGCCAUUUUGUCCCUAUCAUCUCUGCCGUUGUGACUUGAAAGCUGCGCGUUGCUUCAAAAGAAACAACAGAUACUACAAUCCAAGAAACACUGAAAGCUGGCAAAAGUCAAAGUGUUGAAGGUUCCUCAGAGAUGUAACCGGGGGGAGCACAGGGUGCACCAUCACCUCCCCGGGGCACCUCCCGAUAAAGGCACAAAAGAUCUUCGCUUAAGGAGAACAAUUAAUCAAGAUUUUAAUUAGGGGAUGCACUAAAUAGUCAUUAACCAUGUUAAGGAAGAAAAUGAAUUAAGCAAAUUUGACAAGCACCAAUUUAUUUUGUUAGAUUAAAGACACCUUUAUAACACG